AAAAAAUUAGUACGUGCUGAGUAAAAUCAAACAUUUGUAUAAAAAUCACUACAUAGUAUUACUUUGUUUUAAAAUCUAAAACACAAAAAGAGCGUUUCAAGACACUAAAAACAAAACCGAUUCUAUCACGUAAAUGGCGCUUUCGCUACAUGACGUCACGAAUAUUCAAGAUACACUAUAAACAAUAGUAGCUUAUGACGUCACACCUGGCAGAACAUAACUUGCGUACCGCUCGUUACGUAAUUAAUGAUUAUGACAUCAUUGAUUUAACGAAUCCGUAUUAAAGUAUACUUGUAUGCGUUAACAUUGCGCAGUGGGCAUUGUUGCGUGACAAACUAUUCUAUGAUGUUUCUGCCAAGUUUUAGCAUGCAUCAGUAGAGUGCAUGGUGUCAAGUUAUUGUCAGGAAAUGCUAUAACACCAUACAACCCAACACCUCAAGGAAAAACAACGAAAGCCUAUUUUCACACGGGUUCACGAAAAGUAGAACUGAUAUUAAAAUGCUAUUAAAUUCCGGGCGGGGAUUCGAAUCCAAGAACCUUGGUUCUUAAACCCUGGCCUGGAUUCAAACCCAGGAUCCCUGGUUCUAUCAUUUAUAUUACCUUUCGUUUAGGUGUACAGCAAUUGGUUUAGGAAUGAAAAUGUCGGUCCGCUGUAUUGACUGCGGGUUCAGUGUUAUUCUGGUAUUGACUGCGUUGGCAGUAACAAACGCACAACCCGUCAGACCACAACGUCCAUGCUUUGACUCUCGACCGAAAGGAAUUAAUUCAAUCCAAAUAACAAACCUUCGGUAUUUCAUGAACACAACAAUCAAACCGCGAGGUGGCGCUACAACCAUCGACCUUUCGGUGACCUUUACUUGGGAUGUUCCGAACCCAGAAGGGAUUUCUUUCGAUGGCUUUCUCGUCCAAGGGUACCAAGAUUAUGACGUCAUAUUGCAUCCCAUCGAUCAAUGCAGUUCAAAUGACUCAGUGUGGUUAAACAUAACCCAUUGUCCGAAUCGCGGAUCUUCAUUGUGUCCAAACGGAGUGUCUAUGACGUCACAGAGCUGUCCUUGUCCUGUCUUGAAUUGCUCCGCACUGACACCUACCGGAUGCAGGGGGAUCAGUAGUUGGAUCGUUGGUCCGACGAGACGAUACGUAACAAUACCUGCGAGCUCAAGAAAAAUGGAAUUCAUUAUUGAUUUUAUCACUCCUUUCGACCUCACGAUUUUACCCUAUUACAGUAACGUCGCGAGCUUCAACAUAGAGUACAUGUUUGCGAAGAACACUGACUGUAUGACGUCAAUAAUGAAGGAUAAUGACGUCACAGGGGCAGAGGCUAUAGCGCUUUGUUGUGCGAAAAAUAUCAAGCAACGCAAAGCUGUAGCGCUCCAAGUGGUCAAGAUAGUUCCAGAUUUAGAACUCGGAAGAGCGGAAGUGGAAGUCACGUGGUUGCCCCCUGUGACGCAAGAAGGGUUUGUAGCGUGGGAAAUCGUCACACUUACUGUUACAAACGUUACACACGAAGCACUCAAUGAGUCCAUCACCUCAACACCCCUCAACCAUUCUACCCCUUACGAUACCGAGUGCUACAACAGCAGUGUCACAUAUCGUAUAGUGUACAACAACAUGCGAAUGGGUGUUUUGUACAAAUUACACCUUACACCAGUGUACAGUGGAGAGAACGGAGCUUUUUGUUCAGUACACGGCAAUUGUUUGUCGGCUAUAUACAUAGAUCUUGUAGAAGCACCAGCGGGGUGUUCUUCAGUUUGGCAGACGUGUUUCCCCAACUCUACUUGCCAAAGUGUCUUUCCAGGCGCCUACGAGUGUGUAUGCACAGAUGGAUACAGUGAUGUUAGUGUGAUUGAUCUGAACGCUGAAAGCUCCAUAGAAAACGUUGAUUUUAAUGCCUCGUAUUAUGGUGCUGAUAGUAGUUACAGUGAUGGAGAAUCCGCCAUGGGCACCAAACCCACCUUCAACCCGAUAUGUACGGACACAAACUACUGCGCACCCAAACUCACACAGUGUACUGCUGAUGCUGUAUGUACGGACCUGGUUGCACCGUUGGUUGGGGCGGAGUGUAAGUGCCCGCUCGGACAAAUCGGGGACGGGCUUAAAGAUGGAAGUGGCUGUAGCGGUUGUUCUACCUAUAAACUUUCAAUGAUCUUUUUUAUUUUAAAUCUCAUUCUCGUAGUUUUAUAAUACGAAUGUGGUAGUACUGAAGACUCUGUGACAUACAUUUUAUCAAUAAACAAUUCAACUACUGGUA